AGAAAUGUCAGUUUGACGUUUGACAUGUUUGCUGUUGGAUGUGGACACGUAUCGUUUUUGUGAAAUAAAUUGUUUUUUUGAGUAAUUCUGAAUAUUCUAUUCAGAACAUCAAAUAAAAUAUACUAUUCGGUUUAAGUUUCCGUAUUUUAUUAUAUUACCAGCAUGGCGGGAGUGGAGCAGCCAUGUUACACUUUGAUCAACUUCCCCACCGACACAGAGCGCCACAAUGAGAUGCAGCUCAAACUGGAUCUUGAAAAAGGAGACACGAAAAAGAAAAUUGAAGCCCUAAAGAAAGUGAUUGGCAUAAUCCUUUCUGGGGAAAAAAUCCCAGGAUUGCUUAUGAUUAUAAUCCGGUUUGUGCUGCCGCUGCAAGACCACACCAUCAAGAAGCUUCUGCUUAUUUUCUGGGAGAUCGUCCCGAAGACUACAGCAGAUGGAAAGCUGAUGCAGGAGAUGAUCCUUGUUUGUGAUGCCUACAGGAAGGACCUCCAACACCCCAACGAGUUCAUCCGGGGCUCGACGCUGCGGUUCCUGUGCAAGCUGAAGGAGCCAGAGCUGCUGGAGCCACUAAUGCCGGCCAUCCGCGCCUGCCUCGAGCACCGCCACUCCUACGUGCGCAGGAACGCCGUGCUGGCCAUCUUCACCAUCUACCGCAACUUCGAGUUCCUAAUCCCCGACGCUCCCGAGCUCGUCGCCAACUUCUUAGAGAGUGAGCAAGACAUGUCGUGCAAGAGGAACGCCUUCCUAAUGCUGCUGCAUGCCGACCAGGAGCGCGCACUGGCCUACCUGGCUGCUAGGCUGGAUAACGUGCACAGCUUCGGGGAUAUCCUGCAGCUGGUUAUUGUGGAGCUGAUUUAUAAGGUGUGCCACGCCAACCCGUCGGAGCGGUCGCGCUUCAUCCGCACGGUGUACGGGCUUCUCAACGCGCCGAGUGCCGCCGUGCGCUACGAGGCCGCCGGCACGCUCGUCACGCUCUCCAACGCACCCGCAGCUAUCAAGGCGGCAGCGGCGUGCUACAUCGACCUGAUCGUAAAAGAGAGCGACAACAACGUGAAGCUGAUCGUGGUGGGGCGGCUGGCGGCGCUUCGCGAGGACGGCGGCGAGGCGGCGGCGCGCGCGCUGCCCGACCUCGCCAUGGACGUGCUGCGCGUGCUCGCCUCCUCCGACCUGGACGUGCGAAAGCACACGCUGCAGCUGGCGCUGGACCUGGUGACGCCGCGGCACGCCGAGGAGCUGGUGCAGGUGCUUCGCAAGGAGGCGGCGCGCUCGCACAGCGCCGACCACGACGACGCCAACAAGUAUCGCCAGCUGUUAGUGCGGGCCUUGCACCGCGCCGCGCUCAAGUUCCCGGAGGUGGCCGGCUCGGUAGCGCCGGCAUUACUGGAGCUGCUGGGCGACGGGGCCGAACCGCACGCGCACGACGUGUUGUUGUUCCUUCGUGCCGCCCUGCACACUUUCGCUGAUUUGCUCGACACCAUCUACGAGAAACUUCUCGAAUGCAUCUCGCAAAUCAAAGUGGGCAAGGUUGCCCGCGCGGCGCUAUGGCUGCUCGCAGAGUUCGCCGACACGCCGGCGCGCGCGAACGCCGCGCUCGACGCGCUCGCCGACGCCAUCCCUGCGCUCGAGCAGAGCGAGGACAAGGACGAGGCUGCGGCGCCCAAGGUGGAUACUUCUGCGCCGCGACAGCUGGUGACCAGUGACGGCACCUACGCCUCGCAGUCCGCCUUCAACUUGCCGCAGUAACCAGUGAGUGACUCGGGCCUGACUGCUGAUGACCUAGAGCAUGCCGCGCUGUGCCUGCAGGCCGCCUCCGCGCGCCCUGAGGUGGUAGUAGACGCGCUGCUGACGACAUCUCGCUCCGCGUUAUCCGCGCUGCUGGCUCUGCCGGACUCGGCUGCUCAUCUGCUUGAGCCCUCACAGGAGCGCGAGAGCAAGCGUGUGGAGCCGAAGGUGGAGGUGGAGACGGGCAUCCAGUUCGCGCUGCUGGCCGGCGCCGGCGCCGCGCACCAGCACCACGACAUCUUCGAGCUCUCGCUCAACCGGGCGCUGCAAGGUCGCAACACAACGUCGGCCGACCAGAGCAGCAAGCUGUCGAAGGUGACGCAGCUGACGGGCUUCUCGGACCCCGUGUACGCCGAAGCCAUCGUGGCCGUCAACCAGUACGACAUCGUGCUCGACGUGCUCGUCGUCAACCAGACCGACGACACUCUCCAGAACUGCACGGUGGAGCUGGCCACGCUGGGCGACCUUCGGCUGGUGGAGCGGCCGGCGGCGGUGGUGCUCGCGCCGCGCGACUUCGCCACCAUCAAGGCGCACGUCAAGGUCGCCUCCACCGAGAACGGCAUCAUCUUCGGCAACAUCGUGUACGAAGUGUCGGGCGCGUCGAUGGACCGCGGCGUGGUGGUGCUUAACGACAUCCACAUCGACAUCGUGGACUACAUCCAGCCUUGCGCCUGCAGCGACGCCGACUUCCGCCAGAUGUGGGCCGAGUUCGAGUGGGAGAACAAGGUGUCUGUGAACACAAACAUCACGGAUCUACGCGAAUACCUCGAGCACUUACUAAGUUCCACAAAUAUGAAGUGCCUUACGCCAGAUAAGGCGUUAUCUGGCCAAUGCGGCUUCAUGGCGGCGAAUCUGUACGCGCGCUCGAUAUUCGGCGAGGACGCGCUCGCGAACCUCAGCAUCGAGGUGCCGCUGCACAAGCCCGGCGCGCCCGUCGUCGGCCACGUGCGCAUCCGCGCCAAGAGCCAGGUCGGUACAGCCAGGGGAACACAGCUCCUAUAGCCAGGGGAACGUGGCUUCAUGGCGGCGAACCUGACGCGCGCUCGAUAUUCGGCGAGGACGCGCUCGCGAACCUCAGCAUCGAGGUGCCGCUGCACAAGCCCGGCGCGCCCGUCGUCGGCCACGUGCGCAUCCGCGCCAAGAGCCAGGUCGGUACAGCCAGGGGAACACAGCUCCUAUAGCCAGGGGAACGUGGCUUCAUGGCGGCGAACCUGACGCGCGCUCGAUAUUCGGCGAGGACGCGCUCGCGAACCUCAGCAUCGAGGUGCCGCUGCACAAGCCCGGCGCGCCCGUCGUCGGCCACGUGCGCAUCCGCGCCAAGAGCCAGGGCAUGGCUCUGAGCCUGGGCGACAAGAUCAACCUGAUGCAGAAAGCGCAGCCCGCCAAGCCGGCCGCCGCCGCCGCGCCCAUUCCCGCUGCGUAGCACAGCCUAAGUAUUCCCCCGCGCACUGCAUAGCUAUGAACGGACGGCCUUUAGGCUUGAUUUCCUUUUAGGCUUGAUUUCCUUUUAGGCUGACAUCGGUGACCGACGUCAGCGGCGCGCACGAUUACACACUAGUUCUAUGUAAUCAUCUGCCGCUGACGACGGCGUUGCAGUGCGGUGCUUCAUAGAACAUUGUGUUUAUUCGUACGCUCGACCGAUGUACGCGACCGACGUCAGUGUAGGAGGAAAUCAAGCCUUAGACUAAGAGCUAGUGAGCGCCGGACCUACGUCAUUUUAUAAAAGCUGAAAGUUUGUCAGAGUAAAUAAGCCUAACGGUGGCUUUUUCUGUAUAUUCAAUAGACUGUAAUUCUACACUGGUCAUCACACAAAACUCGACCCUCCCGCGACAAGCACUUUCAAACGUAUGCAUUCCCACUUCCCACAAAUGUUGGCACCAUUUGAAAGCCUAGUUCUAAAGUUCAUUUCAUUAAAGGAAAGGUUUUUACCCCAAAAAUGUGUCUUUAGAAGGAUCCAGAGUCACUUCUUCAAAAAAUAGGUAGUUACGCUAUAGCCAUUUUUUAUGACUAUGAAACUGUUAAGUUGGGAUUAAUCGCUAUCCAUCUGUUAAAAAGGACACGUGAGAUCUUUAUUUGGUUUUAUAACCAUGAAAAUUGGUCUUAUUGAUCCCAGAGGUGAGCCCAAAGUGAGGUCUAUUUUCAAGUCACAUUUAUGGUAUAUGUUAAUCAUUUAUUUAGAAAUGAAAUGUAUUUUUCUUUAAGGAUAUUUAUUGAGCUUUCAAAUAACACCAAUAUUGUUGGGGUACCAUGAUUGUGUCAGAAGAAAAUCUUUAAAGUUCGCGUCGCGGAAGGUGCGGUUUAUUUGAUGUUGAGUGUAUUAGUAUAGAUAUAGAUAUUUGGGAAAGGAUAGAAGUAAUUUCCUCAUCAGCCAGAUAGUUUUGACCGUUCCAACUCCUUGCCAGACAAUUUUUUUAGGGUAGCUGCCAAAGCCACGAUGGCCCAAACUUCAUGAUGCACCAACAUUCUAAAUCUAAACUAUAUUAGGAGCAUGCGCUGACAAAACUUUCUCAGCUUUUAUAAAAUGACGUAGGUCUGGUUCACUAGCUCUUAGUCUACCACCUCUAUCGGCUCGAGUGUUGCCUUCCCAGACAAAAUAAAAAAAAACAUCGACUGAUUUAGAUGUUGCCAUGUUAUAAAAGUUAACUUUAAGCACUAAAUUGAAGCUAGCAGGUGCUGAUGUUUUUUCUCUUGCGCUUUCAUUACAGAUGUUCUGUUACUUUGACAUUCCUAAUUCCAUGUUCUUUGUGUCCAUUUAAACAAAGCGAAGAGGUGAUUUCGAAGUAUUUCGUUCAUAGUUAUCAAGUAGUGUAUUUUAUAGUUUUACAUUAUUUUAAAAUUAUAUUAUAUUAUUAUGAUUGAAUACACUAGUUAUGACCUGAA